AUGGUGGAACCUGAAUCUUCUAUGCAUUCUGCUUCUAUGGCAAAUGCUGAUGAAUCUUCAAGAAAUCUGUCGGAUGAUUCUUCAAGUGUAUAUUAUUUGCAUCCAUCGGAUAAUCCUGGAGCUCUUUUAGUUUCUGAAAUCUUGACUGGUGCAAAUUAUAUUGCGUGGAGUAGAUCUAUCUCCAUUGCUCUUACAGUUAAGAAUAAAAUUGCAUUUAUAGGUGGUACUCUGCUUCAAUCAAAUUCUGGUGAUUCUCGGAUUCAAAUUGCUUGGUUAAGAGCAAAUAAUCUCGUUUUAUCUUGGCUAAUGAAUUCAAUAGCAAAAGAAAUUCAUGGAAGUCUGUUGUACUUCACAGCUGCGUGUGAUGUUUGGGAAGAACUCAAAACAAGGUAUCUUCGAAGUGAUGGUCCAAGAGUCUUUACUCUAGAAAAAUCUCUUAAUUCAAUUUCUCAAGGAGCAAGAUCAGUCACUAAAUAUUUUAAUGAAUUCAAGACACUCUGGGAUGAAUAUAUUAGCUACAGACCAAUUCCAAGUUACAGAUGUGGAAUUCUUGAUAUAUGUUCUUGCAAUCUUUUAAAGAUUUUUACAGAUAGGCAGCAAUCAGAUUAUGUGAUGAAAUUUCUCAUUGGUUUGCAUAAUUCUUACUCUAUGAUGCGAAGUCAAUUACUUCUCCAAUCACCUUUGCCUUCUAUGAGCAAAGUUUUUUAUUUGCUACUACAAGAAGAAAGUCAAAGAUCAUUGUCUAAUGCUGUUGGUUUUUCCAUGGAUUCUCAUGCUAUGAUUGCUGCACAAACACAGAAAUUUGUUAUUACUAAUGGUACUCGUUUCACAAAAUCAAAAGCCAGAGGAAAUAUUAUUUGUUCUCAUUGUGGAUAUACUAGUCACCUUGCAGAUAAGUGUUUUCAUUUGAUUGGAUUUCCACCUAGAUGGAAAGGUCCACGAGGCAAGAAAAUUAUUACUCCUCAAAAUGGAAAUACAAAUACAAAUUUGUCCAAUGCAAAUAUUGCUUCUUCUUUGGAAUUAAAUUCAAGCAUCUCAAAUAUAUUUUCUCAAGAGCAAAUUCAAAACUUGUUGUCUCUUGCAAAUAGCCUUUCAAAUACAAAUGUAACCCCUACAGCAAAUACAGUCUCUACAUCAGGUAUCAUUUCAUGUCAUGUUGUUUCAGCUGACAAAAACUCUUCUCCAUGGAUUCUUGAUAUAGGAGCUACAGAUCAUAUGAUUUGUUCUCCUCAUUUUUUCACUUCAAUUCAUCUACCAAAACAACCAUUUGCAGUCCAUUUACCGAAUGGUCAAUCUGCUCUAGUUGUUUUUAUUGGAACUGUUCAUUUUUCAGCUGAUAUUAUUUUACAUAAUGCUUUCUAUAUUCCUUCUUUCAGUGUUAAUCUCAUUUCUGCUUCAAAGCUUACUAAAGAAAAUUCUAUUGGUUUAUUUUUUCUUCAAUCCAAAUGUAUUUUGCAGAACCUAAUCAGUUGGAAGAUGAUUGGUCUUGCUGAAGUAAAAUCUGGCCUAUAUCAUCUACAACAAUCUCCUGUUAUAGCAAGGGAUAAAUCUGAUCUCAAGUGUAAAUCUUCUGUUUCUUCAGCAAAUAAUUGUACUAUCAAUGCUGAUAUUUGA